AUGGGCAACAGCGCGUCCCAGGGAGUCACGGCUCCCAGUGUUUUGGCCGCCCAGCCGGUGGCCACUGCAUCCUCAUCCGGAACCGCAUCCGGCGAGAAGCCCAAGUGCAAGGCCUGUUGCGCCUGUCCGGAGACCAAGAGGGCACGUGACGCCUGCAUUGUGGAGAACGGCGAAGAGAACUGCUCCGCACUCAUCGAGGCGCACAAGAAGUGCAUGCGCGAUGCCGGCUUCAAUAUCUAGACGUUCUGGAUGUCGCGGCCAUUAGGGUACUUAGUAGACCUGCAGACCCCCAGUUUAACACCCGGAUGGCCAGCCC